AUGUUGCGGCAGGUCUUGCACAGGGGGCUGAGAACGUCUUUCGCCAGACUCGGCCACUUCGUUGCCAGCCACCCGGUCUUCUUCGCCUCUGCGCCCGUGCUCAUCUCCAUCUUGCUGGGGGCCAGUUUCAGCAAGUACCAGAUCGAGGAGAGCGUGGAACACCUGCUGGCCCCCAAACACAGCCUGGCCAAGAUCGAGAGGAACCUGGUCAAUAGCCUCUUCCCGGUGAACCGGUCCAAGCACCGGCUGUAUUCCGACCUGCAAACCCCAGGGAGAUACGGCAGAGUCAUCAUCACAUCCUUUAUCAAGGCGAACAUGCUGGACCAACAUCACACGGAUCUGAUCUUAAAGUUGCAUUCUGCUGUGACCAGGAUCCAAGUACAAAGACCUGGUUUCAAUUACACAUUUGCUCAUAUCUGCAUCCUAAAUAAUGACAAGUCCUGCAUAGUGGAUGAUAUUGUACAUAUCCUGAAGGAACUGAAGGCUGCUCGCUUGUCUAAUCAAACUAAUUUUGCUAUCACAUAUCCAAUCACACACUUAAAGGAUGGCAGGGAAGUAUACAAUGGGCAUCAGCUUGGUGGAGUCACUGUGCACAGCAAAGAUCGGGUAAAGUCUGCUGAAGCUAUUCAGCUUACCUAUUACUUGCAGGCAAUCAAUUCCUUAAAUGACAUUGUAGCAGAAAAGUGGGAAUCCAACUUCUGUGACACAGUAGAACUUUUCCAGAAAUCCAACCGGAAUGUCACAAUGUAUCCUUUCACUUCAUCAUCCCUUCAAAAAGACUUCCAGAAGACAAGUAGGAUAUCAGAACAUUACCUAACCACAAGCCUGGUCCUUGUGGUGACCUUGGCAAUGCUCUGUUGUUCAAUGCAAGACUGUGUCCGCAGCAAACCUUGGCUUGGCCUCCUUGGCUUGUUAACUGUGACUCUGGCCACUCUCACUGCAGCUGGAAUCAUUAAUCUGACUGGUGGGAAAUAUAAUUCUACCUUCCUGGGAAUUCCCUUCAUCGUGUUAGGGCACGGAUUAUAUGGAACUUUUGAAAUGUUAUCCUCUUGGAGGAAAACUAGAGAAGACCAACAUGUAAAAGAGAGAACUGCAGCUGUGUUCGCAGACUCCAUGCUCUCCUUUUCUCUCACCACUGCCAUGUAUCUGGUGACUUUUGGAAUUGGUGCAAGCCCUUUCACCAACAUUGAAGCAGCCAGGAUCUUCUGCUGCAAUUCUUGUAUUGCAAUUUUCUUCAACUACCUCUAUAUACUCUCCUUUUAUGGUUCCAGCCUUGUGUUUACUGGCUACAUAGAAAACAACUACCAGCAUAGUAUCUUCUGCCGAAAGGUACCAAAACCAGAGGCAUUGCAAGAGAAGCCUGCUUGGUAUAGGUUUCUUCUGACAGCCAAAUUUAGUGAGGAUACAGCAGAACCAGAGGAAACAAACAGUUACGAAAGCCACCUUUUGGUGUAUUUCCUCAAGCGUUAUUACUGUGACUGGAUAACAAACACGUAUGUCAAGCCUUUUGUAGUUCUCUUUUACCUUAUUUAUAUUUCCUUUGCCUUAAUGGGCUACUUGCAGGUCAGCGAAGAAUCAGAUCUCAGUAACAUUGUAGCAACUGCGACACAAACCAUGGAGUACACUGCUGCUCAGCAGAAGUACUUCAGCAAUUACAGCCCUGUCAUUGGGUUUUAUAUUUAUGAAUCAAUAGAAUAUUGGAACGUGACCGUUCAAGAUGACAUGCUAGAGUAUACUAAGGGGUUUGUACGGAUAUCUUGGUUUGAGAGCUAUUUGAAUUAUCUGAGAAAACUCAACAUAUCUACUGGAUUAUCUAAAAAGAAUUUUACCAAUAUGCUGAGGAACUCCUUUCUGAAAGCUCCCCAAUUUGCCCAUUUUUCAGAGGAUAUCAUUUUUUCCAAAAAAUACAAUAAUGAAGUUGAAGUGGUGGCCUCUCGAAUGUUCUUGGUAGCUAAGACCAUGGAUACCAAACGAAAAGAGCUCUAUCACCUCCUGGAAACCUUACGAAAGCUCUCUCUCAAAUCUAAAGUGAAGUUCAUUGUUUUCAACCCAUCCUUUGUCUACAUGGAUCGUUAUGCCUCCUAUGUGGGUGGCCCUUUGCAGAACUCCUGUAUUAGUGCUUUAUUCCUGCUCUUCUUCUCUGCAUUCCUAGUGGCAGAUUCUCUCAUCAAUGUAUGGCUCACACUCACCGUUGCCUCAGUCGAAUUUGGAGUUAUAGGUUUUAUGACUCUGUGGAAAGUUGAGCUGGACUGUAUUUCUGUGUUGUGUUUAAUUUAUGGAAUUAAUUAUACAGUUGACAACUGUGCACCUCUCUUGUCAACAUUUGUCCUGGGCAAAGAUUUCACAAGAACUAAAUGGGUAAAGAAUGCCCUGGAAGUGCACGGGGUAGCGAUUUUACAGAGCUACCUCUGCUACAUUGUUGGUCUGAUUCCUCUCGCAACUGUGCCUUCAAAUCUGACCCGUACACUGUUCAGGUGCUUGUUUUUGAUAGCAUUAGUCACCUUCUUUCAUUGCUUUGCCAUUUUACCUGUGAUACUAACUUUUCUGCCACCAUCAAAGAAAAAAAGGAAAGAGAAGAAAACUCCUGAGAAUCGGGAGGAAAUAGAAUGUGUUGAAAUGGUGGAUAUGGAUAGUACCCGUGUGGUUGACCAAAUUACAACAGUCUGA